AUGAAUAGCCUGCAACAAGGGGCAUCACCUAAAACGCCGUACACGAAUAUGUUUGCACGAAGCUUCCUGGCACACAUGCGCCAGGAAAGCCACAUUUCAGAGCAUCAUCUACCUGGCUCUAUGACACAGAUGAUUUACAGCAGCGAGUUUUCAGCAAGCACAAAUCUUCAUACAAUACCAUUGGAGACCAAUCCCGAUCAGGGUUAUCCGAGAGAUGUGAACUUCACUACUGAUGAGUCGACGGACCAAGUGGCGUUCGCACGAAUGAAAGAAUUGCAGAUUCUAGAAAGCAUAUAUCUCUGUGGAAGCUCAGAGAGCAAACGCAAAAGCAAGUCGAAGGAUAGGAAGAGUGGGACGAUGGUUGAAAUAAUCUUUGCAUCUCCAACCUCUGGUGUUUAA